CGUGAGAGUUCCAGUCAGCUUCCUGUUUAGUGGCGACUGGAAAGCAAGAAAUCCACAAUGGGGUUGCUUGAUUUUGAUUUUCUUGACGAUGUACGGCGGAUGAACCCAAGACAGCUGUACUAUCAAGUUCUGAACUUUGGAAUGAUUGUAUCCUCUGCUCUGAUGAUAUGGAAAGGAUUAAUGGUGGUUACUGGUAGCGAGAGUCCCAUUGUGGUUGUUCUCAGCGGCAGUAUGGAGCCAGCAUUUUUCCGUGGUGACCUACUUUUCCUGACAAACUACAGAGAGGAGCCAAUCAGAGUGGGAGAAAUUGUUGUCUUCAAAAUAGAGGGACGGGAUAUUCCAAUUGUCCACAGAGUGCUCAAAGUCCAUGAAAAAGAAGAUGGAAAAGUUAAAUUCCUAACUAAGGGAGAUAAUAAUUCAGUGGAUGACCGAGGGUUGUAUGCCCCUGGACAGCUUUGGUUGGAGAAAAAAGAUGUAGUCGGUCGAGCCAGAGGAUUUGUUCCUUACGUUGGUAUAGUGACUAUACUGAUGAAUGACUAUCCAAAGUUUAAAUAUGCCAUUCUAGCCUGCCUGGGACUGUUUGUGUUGAUUCAUCGAGAAUAACAAAGACCAGAAAAAUAGAGAGAAAAAAAAUUUACAGUGCUGAGUAAAAGUGAGAGAACAUUGAAAAGCCUACACAACGGUGCAUGAUCUGUAUUUAUGGUGUAAGGGUUGACUCUUUUUGUUCAUGUCAGUUGUGUUUAUUGCCUGUUACUGUGAAAUGUGUUAGAAAUAAUUCGGCAAAUGUGUGGAAGCUGUGUGACUAGCAGUGUUUUUGGAUGAACUGUAUGAGAGAGUUUGAAUGUCAUUAUAGUCUUAAAGAUGAUUUUUUUUUUUUUUUUGUAAACUGGUUAGCCAUGUCACGUUGUAGAAGUAUUUUGUAAGAUAAUGUGACUGAUUGAUUUUUUUUUCUUUUUUCUUCUAUUGAGUGAUUAUGAAUUAUGGAUUUGAUUGUUAUUAAGAGUUUGCAUGGUAAGGUUAUUGUCUUUAAAGAAUUGUAAUAUUUGAA